UUGUCUAAAGACAAGCUGAAGUUAUUCAAAGAUCUUUAUUACAAAAGUCGCCUUAAGCUAGAAGAACUUUUGCCUAAUGAAGAUAUAUCUCUAUAUUUGAUUUGGGCCAACAGUAAACAAACUGACGUAGUAAAUGAAGAAUCUUCAAAUCCUGUAUCAGUUACGAAUAAUCCAGAUGCCAAUUAUUCUCCAAGAGAAAUCCAAACAAUUCCUGUUUUGUCUUGUAAUAUUAAUGAUUCCGAACCCAGCAUUUCUUCAUAUACCAACUGUUUGUCCAAAGAUCACCAGUUAACAUCCACAAUCCCGGUUGCUACGUCAAAUCCUUCACCAGGAACUAAUAAUCCAAAUUCCAACGAGUCUUCUAAAGAAAUCCGAAAAAAUCCUGAUUUGUAUUGCAGUGCAAAUUUUGAUGAUUCUGAACCUAGCACUUCUACACAAACGAAUUGCUUGUCCAUAAAAACUUCAGGUCUCAAUUCUUUGAAUAUGGAAAAUGUAGGCCAAGAAGAUAAUAAUAUACGAGAUGAUUCUUUACCAAGAUGCAGUCACAAAACACCUAUUAGAACAGUUAAUGUUAGCACUUCAAUCUAUGUGAUUCCAUCUCCUUUUAAACGAAACUUAUUUUGGCCUAAAACUGACGAAACAACAAAAAAUAAAAAACGUAAAUUAAAAGAAAAAAUACCAUUUACAGUUACAAGCCCUGCAUGGAAGGCCUAUCAUGCUAAAAAGGACAGAAGAGAAAAAGAACAAAUAGAAGAGAAGGAAUUGCGAGCUAAAAAAAGAGAAGAAAAAAGGCAUGAGAAACUUAACAAGGAGAAAAAAGUUACAAAGCAAAAAAAUAGAUCCGAGUCUUCUGACACUGAAUCUGAAAUAAUUUAUGCCGAAAGUGAUGAAAGUAUCUUGUCUGGAGGAUCGGAAUCGGAUGACGCGCCGUUGAGUACGUUAGUUCUUUCUCAACAUAAACUAUCAAAGGGAAGUUACGUUAUAGUUUUAUAUGAAGGGCAACAUUUUCCUGGGGCCAUUGAAAAUAGAAAUAAAAAUGAAUUUGAAGUAAGCAGGAUGACAUUUUCAACAGGCAAUACCUAUAAAUGGCCAGAAAAAACAGAUAAAAUGUGGUACCAAAGCAAAGACAUCGUCGAGUACAUCCGUCCUCCAAAAUUAAUCAACAAAAGAGGAUUUUACAGUGUAGAAGAGAUGCAAAAAUACUCAAUUUUUACUUUUUGA